UUCCUACUGCUUCGGUGUGCGAUAAGUGUGUACCGAUAAGAACGCGUUCUCCCUUCUGUGUGUUAACAAAUCUACCGCAAACCGCUGAUUAAUCCCGCAGCAAUAAAAGAAAUCAAACCUCCUCUCUCCGACUAGAAAAUGCGGGCGUCCGCUGAUUGUGCUGCCUGCUGCCGGAAUCAUUCCCUGUCCCAGCUGCUAGAGUGACCGGACGGUAGAGUGUUUUUUCUCACCCUCACCACCACCUCAACAAACCUCUACGGUGGUGAAGCGGUGGAGGCCCUUUUCCCACCCACCGUGUGUAGUGUUAUUCCUUCCCCGGGCAGUAAUGCCAUCUGGUACUAAUUAAUUGCUCGAGCAUCGUGUGACAUCGUGCAACGCAACAGCGAGCGAACCCAGGACCCGUGAAUUGCGCACCGAGCUGCGAGGCUCAUCCCCCGCCCGGGCCCCGCGAAGGAGAGGAUGAAUGUAGAACUGCGCGACUUCGAGAUUAGUGACUCGGAAACCGAACUGCUCAUCGAACCAGCGACUGCCCGGGCCAACCGACUGAACGGCCGUUCGUUUCGCAACCGUCGCCAGGAAUCGUUCAAGCUGGGGUCCUUCCUGAAGAAACUGUGCUGCUGCUGGUGCUGGGCCUGGCGAAAAUGGUGCGCCUCGAAGGAGCUGAAGCCCCGCACGAUCUACAUCGGGCGGCCGCUGACGGAAAAGUUCCCGCCGAACGAGAUCCGCAACCAGAAGUACAACUUCUUCACCUUUCUGCCGCUGGUGCUGUUCGAGCAGUUCCGCUUCUUUCUCAACCUGUACUUCCUCAUCAUGGCGGUCAGCCAGUUCAUACCGGAGAUCCGGAUCGGCUACCUGUACACCUACUGGGGUCCGCUCGGGUUCGUGCUGGCGGUGACGAUCUGCCGCGAGGCGGUCGACGAUCUGCGCCGGCACAAGCGCGAUCGGGAGGUUAAUUCGCAAAAGUACAAGCGCUUCGUGAGUGCGGACAAACCACCGGAAUCGGUAUCGUCGUCGAAGCUGCGCGUGGGCGAUAUUAUUAUGGUGGAGAAGGAUGAGCGAGUGCCGGCCGAUUUGAUACUGCUGCGUACGAGCGACAAAAGUGGGGCCGUUUUCGUGCGUACCGAUAUGCUGGACGGGGAGACGGAUUGGAAGCUGCGGUUGGCCGUCCCGGCAACACAGAAGCUAGCGUCUCACGGGGAGCUGCUGACGGUGAAUGCUUCGCUGUACGUGGAGAAGCCGCAGCGAGACAUUCACACGUUCAUCGGGACUUACUCGAAGCACGGCGGAACGGAAGAUGAAGGUUUGAAUGUGGAAAAUACGCUGUGGGCCAACACCGUCGUCGCUUCCGGCACGGCCGUCGGGAUCGUGAUCUACACCGGCAGCGAAACGCGCAGCGUCAUGAACAACUCUCAGCCCCGCUCGAAGGUCGGACUGCUCGAUCUGGAAAUUAACAAUCUCACCAAGGUGCUGUUCUGUGCCGUGAUCGGGCUGUCGUUUGCGAUGAUGUGCCUGAAGGGCUUCAACGGCCCCUGGUACCGGUACAUGUUCCGGUUUGUGCUGCUGUUUUCGUACAUCAUCCCGAUCAGCCUGCGGGUGAACCUCGACAUGGGCAAAGCCUUUUACUCGUGGCAGAUACAGAACGACGACGAAAUUAAAGGUACGGUUGUGCGCUCCACCACCAUCCCGGAGGAGCUCGGCCGCAUGUCGUACCUGCUGACGGAUAAAACGGGCACGCUGACGCAAAAUGAGAUGAUAUUUAAGAAAAUCCACGUCGGUACGGCCGCUUACGGGCGCGACACGUUCCCCAUGGUAUCGGCCGCCAUACAGUCGGUGUAUGGGACGCUUUCCGCACCGGCAGAUGCUUCACCGGAAGACCACGGAUCGGAGUAUCAACCCCGGCUGCGCAAACCGGACGGUUGGCGCAUCUGGGAGUCGGUGAAAGCGCUCGCCCUCUGUCACAACGUGACACCCGUGUACGAAAGCAACAACGGCAACGGUGGAAGCGGCUCCAUAUCGUCCACGUCCGACCGGCGCCAGUCACCGGCGCGUUCCAUCUCCGUCGAAAGCCAGGCGGGGGAACCGUCGACCAGCAAGCCAGCGACGACGGAGAAAACCUACCAAGCGUCCAGCCCGGACGAGAUCGCGCUGGUCAAGUGGACGGAAUCGGUCGGGCUGACGCUGGUGCAGCGCGACCUCAACCACAUGACACUGCAGAUCCGCGACGCAACGCACGAGGCGCGCGGCACCAGCAUGAACGAGAACGCUUCCAUCAACACGACCGUCACGAACCUGUCGGUAAACUCGAAAACUGACCUCAACUCACCCUCGAGCGGGGGCAGUGUAACGUCGCUAAACUCCAUCAUUGCUGCCGGUGCACCGGGGCUGAUGAAGUACCAAAUAUUGCAAACGUUCCCGUUCACGAGCGAAAACAAGCGCAUGGGCAUCAUCGUGCGCGAGCUGAACGGGGGUGAAAUCACCUUCUACCUGAAGGGAGCCGACGUUGUGAUGUCCGGCAUCGUGCAGUACAACGACUGGCUGGCGGAGGAAAGCGGGAAUAUGGCACGCGAAGGCCUGCGGACGCUUGUGGUCGCGAAGAAGGUGCUGUCGGAGGAGCAGUACAACGACUUUGUGAUGCGUUACAAUGCGGCCAAAGUGAGCGUAACGGACCGGGUGGCGAAGGUGGCCGCCGUCAUCGAGAGUCUCGAGCGGGAGAUGGAGCUGCUCUGUCUGACCGGGGUGGAGGAUCGGCUGCAGGAUCGGGUACGACCGACGCUUGAGCUGCUGCGCAAUGCUGGCAUCAAGAUUUGGAUGCUGACCGGCGAUAAGCUCGAAACGGCCACCUGUAUCGCGAAGUCGUCGCACCUGGUCGGACGCAACCAAAGCAUACACGUGCUGAAGAGUGUGCUGACCCGCACCGAUGCCCAUCUGGAGCUGAACCAGUUCCGCAGGAAGCAGGACUGUGCGCUGGUCGUGUCGGGCGAAAGUCUCGAGGUGUGCCUCCAGUACUAUCAGCCCGAGUUUAUGGAGCUGGCGACGGCCUGUCCGGCGGUGGUGUGCUGUCGCUGCAGCCCCACCCAGAAAGCGCAGGUCGUCUCGCUGAUUCAAAAGUACUCGAAAAAGCGCACCUGUGCAGUGGGCGACGGUGGCAACGAUGUGAGCAUGAUCCAGCAGGCCGACGCCGGCAUUGGCAUUGAGGGACGCGAAGGAAAGCAAGCGUCGCUGGCGGGCGACUUUAGUAUACCGCAGUUCUCGCACAUUGCACGGUUGCUGAUCGUGCACGGGCGACGAUCGUACAAGCGGUCGGCCGCACUGUCCCAGUUCGUCAUCCAUCGUGGGCUGAUCAUCUCCACCAUGCAGGCCGUCUUUUCGGCCGUCUUCUAUCUGUCGUCGGUGGCACUGUACCAGGGCUUUCUGAUGGUGGGGUACGCGACGCUCUACACGAUGUUUCCGGUGUUUUCGCUCGUGCUCGAUCAGGACAUUAGUGCGAACAUUGCGAUCACGUACCCGGAGCUGUACAAGGAGCUGUCGAAGGGGCGCAGCCUGAGCUACAAAACCUUCUUCAUGUGGGUGCUGAUCAGUAUCUAUCAAGGCGGUGUGAUCAUGUACGGUGCGUUGAUUCUGUUCGAGGACGAAUUUAUUCAUAUCGUGGCAAUCAGCUUCUCGGCCCUCAUUCUAACGGAGCUGAUAAUGGUUGCGCUAACCAUCCGCACGUGGCACAAAUUGAUGGUCAUAGCAGAACUGUUCAGUCUGGUGCUUUACAUAGUCUCUCUUGCCGUGUUGCAUGAAUAUUUCGACUGGGAGUUCAUCUGGUCGUGGGAUUUCCUGUGGAAAGUGCUGGUCAUCACGCUCGUCUCCUGUCUUCCGCUGUACAUUCUAAAAUUCCUGCGCAAAAAGUUCUCACCACCAUCGUACUCGAAGCUCUCGUAAACUGUGUGUGUAUGUGUGUCUGUCUGUGUCUGUGGCGUACGGUGCGUCACGUUGUUUUUGGUUUUAUUUAUUUAUUUCCUACCUUUUUCUGUCAAACAGUCUCGCGCACGUUGGCGUUUUGGCGGCUCAGCUGGGAGCGCAAAACAUUAAAUCACUACUUUUUACAUAUUAUAAAACGCAUAUACACUGCAUUAGUAAUUAGUUCACAGCAAGCUUAGUUAAUACUACUAGUGUAUCCCGUUUGAUGACCGUGUUUUGCCUCAAAGUAUUAGACGAAACGGUUUUAGCACGGUUCAAGCUCGAGAUCGAUUGCAUGCCUAGGAGUUUUCCAUUUUAAAGCCAAUGCGCACUGUAUUGUUAUGUAUACAUAUAUUUACUUUGAACGUGAUAUUUUCUCCCCCCACUUCAAGCACAGGUCCAGGUGUAUGUGUUCUAACUCGUUGGUUUUAUCUACCCCUUUUGCCACACUGGCUGUUGAAGCAAACCGCGAGUGAGAAACAGUGUGCGUAGUGUGUGUUUUUUGUGUUUUGAGUUGACGAAGCAAUGAAAUAUUAUUUAAAAACACACACACACAUUAUACAGUUGAGAGUUGUGAUCAAUGCUAGAGAGAAGUAGAUCAACAAACAGCAGUGCGCAUACUAACAAGAGCAAACAUAACAUUUGUUACAACAAAAAACACGGUGUCUAAACGAAUAUCAACGCCUUCGGCAGUCGAACGUUAGUUACAUGUUCGCAGAUGAACAGUUUUUAGAAUGAUAUAAAACCGUAAACCAUAUUUGAGCGUUCAUUUUUACUCAAGAGAAGAAGAAACAAAAUGAAGUAACAUCAUUAAAACAAUUAAUACGAAUAUACACGCACACCCAAAUCAAACUACACGCAAACCCACGCAGCAUUCAAACAAAGAGAAAAGGACAAGUCAAUAGGAGGAAGGACCUUACCGCAAAACAAUGAACCAACCACUAUCCUAUACUACCAAGCCGAGGGCUUGCGACAAACAAGAGUCGAACUGUUUCACUCCAAUCGAACGCGAAGGCAGAGAGGAAAUAAUAAACAGGCAAAAUAAAUGAACUAACUAAAGUAAAUUAAUUAA